AUGGCCAGGGACAACGCUGAGCCUGCGCCCUCCCAUGCAGAAGCUUCUGCCGAGACCCCUGUCGCAGAGGAGGCUGCAGUCCCGGACGAGCCCGAAAAAAAGGAAGAGGAGGACUGGAGCUUUGGUCUUUCGAAAAAGGAUAAGAAAAAGAAGAAGAAGACCAAGGCUCUGGAGCUCGCAGCUGAUGAAAGCUCGCCUUCUUCUGAGGCCGAUGCCUCCCGGGAGGGGGACACUGGCAAGGAGCCCGUGGAUGACUUCUGGAGCGCUCCUGUUUCGAAGAAGGACAAAAAGAAGAAGAGAAAGUCCACUCUUGCCAUGGAGAGCGAUACGCCCGAUGGCAACUCCGCCCCGACAGAAGACAACACGGAGUCUCAGCCCCACCCGGACGUCGAGGCUGUGGCCGAUAACACCGUCGACAAUUCUGCAGCUGCGGCCCGCGAUCUUGACCAAGCCCCGGCCAUGAAAGAAGAGCUUGCCGAUGCCGCUUCCAUCGACCGUGUUGCACCCAUCGCGGAAGAACCUACCCAGGACACUGUGCUCGAGCGCAGCCAUGUUAAGGAGUGGCCCGCCGAGCCUGAGUCUCUGCCAAUAGAGCAGGAUCCCGGCGAGUCCAGAUCUGAGGAGAGUAUGCCUGAACCCAAUCCGGACGACGAGUGGUCUGUUCCAGUUGCCACUAAGAAGGGCAAGAAAGGCAAAAAGGGCCGCAAAAGUCAAGUCGACGUUCUCCCUUGUCAUGAGUCCACGGCCGACACUUCGAAAUUGCCAAUCACCGAGCCCGCCCCGAAGCCGGAGGAGGAUGCUGCGGCUCCUGCUGAUGCUGCGUCUGACACUGCACCCCUUUCCGCUGGAGAGCCUGUGGCUGUUCCUCAGACAGAAGACACAGAGAUGGGUGAAUCUUCUGUCACGCCUGUCAAGGACACUGAAAUGCCGGACGCCACACGAGAGGUCGAGGGCCUGUUUACUCACGAAGUUGUCAUCCCCGAUGCAGAUGCCGCAGUCCCAGACACUCCUGAGCACGAGGCAGACACUGCCAAGCCUGAUGACGAGCCUGUAUCGGAAACACAGCCCUCGGAAGACGCUGCGGCGGAAGACGCUUGGGACACGAUGCCUCAACGCAAGCUUUCCAAAAAGGAUAAGAAGAAGAAGAGGCAAGAAAGUCUGAUGGAGGAGCCCGCGGAGCCUAGCACAAAUGCACCCAAAGAAGACCCUGCACCUGUAUCGCAGCAUCCGGAGGAGCCUGUAUCCGCUGCCCUCGACGACAGACAGACCUCGCCAGCAUUUGCCGAGGGAAUCUCGGCGGAACCAGAGGAGUGGCUGCCAACCAAGAAGUCGAAGAAAGACAAGAAGAAGGCCCAAAAACUGGCUGCCGCCGCUGCCAUCGGAGCCGCCGCGGGAGUAGCAGCUGCUGGCCUCGCCACAGAGGAUUCUACAGACACGCCGACGGACGAGGCACGGGAAGUGAAGCCCACUGAAGAGUCGUCGUCUCAACCAGCUUUUGGCUCGUGGGCCGAUGAGAUGGACGACGUCGCGCCAAUUGACCAGCCCGAACACUCUCAAGAACCGCAGCCUACGCCAGACGUCGAAGACGAUGGCCCUGGAUUUCAAUUGACAAGGAAAAAAUCCAAGAAAGGCAAGAACAGGGGCAGAGAAAGUCUCGGCCCCGCCGAGCCCAAUUCCGAGGCCGUCCCAACCUCCGAAGCGGAGCAACAACCCGGCCCUGCAGCCGCAGGGGACCAACGCUUGGAGACUGGCGGUGAGUUGAGCCGCGGGGUUGACAACGUCGAGCCUCAAACAACUUUGCGAGAUUUCGAGCCCGCUGCGCCUGCUGAAGCGGAAGACGAAUGGGCCAUGCCUGUCAAGAAGAAGGGCAAGAAGGGCAAAAAGGCCAAGGGGAGCGGCACACUCACGCCGGCAAACGAGCCGGAACUCGUGGGGAUGCCAGAUGUCGCCGCGCCGGAGCAAGCUUCUGAAGAUGUGCCCAUUCCUGAGCCCGAAGAUCUGAGCGAGGCGGCGGUACCAGAGACAACGUUACCGCCGUCGCCUGUUCCUGAACCAUCCCAGCCUGCCCAGGAAGCCGAUGACUGGGCCUUUACGACGAAGAAGGGCAAGAAAGGGAAGAAGGGCCGAAAGGGCAGCGGGAUCGCGACGCCUGCCAAUGAGCCAGAAUUGCCUACAGAUUCGCUGCCCAUUGAGGUAGCUCAGGAGGCCACUGAGCAGGCCGCUUCGGACACGCCUCUCCCGUCAGAUCAUCAGGUCGUCGAAGCUCUGGAACCCGAAGUUGAACAGGUGGCCCUUGCACCUUCGCCGCCGGAAGAUCGCGCCGUUGAACACGAUGUCCUCAUGCCCGACCAGUCAAUCGAGCCAGAGCUCCCUCGAGAAGAGGCUGCUGUCGCUGCUGUUGCGGAUGCCUCUGAGCCUCCGGUGCAAAUGCAGGCCGAGGAGGCCACAGCUGACGAUGCGUGGGCUUUUCCAGUCAAGAAGAAUGGCAAGAAGGGGAAGAAGAGCAAGUCCACCAGCGGUUCCAUGACUCCAGUCACUGCCUUGGACGACCAGGCAACCGUCGUCGACGAUUCUAUCGCGGACAAGGAUCUCGCCCUUCCUAGUCACGAGACGGCAAAUGCAGAGGAGAGCACGCCCAUCGAUGUACCUGUGGAGGCCGAGGCGUCGCGAGCCAUCCAAGAGCCUACUCCUCCCAUCGAGGCAGAGGACGAGUGGGCAAUGCCACCAAAGAAGAAGAAGGGCAAGGGAAAGAAGAACAAGGGUAUUCUCUUGUCCGCCUUUGAGGAGCCUACCACGGCGUCAGAGGAGACGGUCCAGACUGAGACGCCAACCGUGGACGACAGCCAAGCCGUUUCAUCCGCAGCCAUCGACUUCGAGCAGGCGAAGCCUGCCGCACUGGACUGGCAACCGGAACCUGAGCAGAUGACUGCAGACGACCUCAUGGAUGUGGAUGCCCGUGGAGAGCCGUCUGAGCCUGCACAAGAUCGGCGGCCCGAGCAGACCACUACCGAGCCUGCGCCGGCGCCCGUCGAGGCUAGCCCCGAAGAUACAUGGGCGGUGCCCGGACGGAAAAAGUCCAAGAAAGACAAGAAGCGAAAGUCGAGCCAAGUCAUGGUGCUGGAUGCUCUACACGACGAUGCUCCUGCCCAGGAGGAGCUUCCCCAGGAACAUGCUGAGGAAGCACGCAUGGUUGAGGGGGAUUCUGGCGAUCAACCAGCCUCCGAUGAUUGGUUCGACGACUUCUCUGUCCCGAAAUCGCAGGUCUCGGUGGCGAAGUCGAAGAAGAAGAAGGGCAAGAAGGGUAACGAGAUCGCGCCCGUGCUCGCAGCCCCGGCCAGAGAGCCCGCAGCAAUGGAAGAGACGUCCGAAAAGGACCCGAUGCCGAUUGACCAGCUCACCCAAGAUGUCGCGGAGGACAUGGCUGGUGGUACGGCUGACGACGAGGCUACGGUGUCUGGGGCAAACACCUUUGACGAUGUGUGGGAGAGCGAUCCUAGGCUACCUGGUAUCUCGGCGCGAAGUCAGGACAUGAGCGCGUUCGGCGGCGAUGAUGCCCCAACUCAAGGCAAACCGAGCGAGGAGUCUUCACGGGAUCUGCCAACUACGCCUACGAAGGAGGACUCGCGCGCACGAUCAAGCUCAAGCGGCGGGGACGCGGCUGCCGCCGCCGGUGCCCUUUCCGGCGGAGUGGCCCUCUUGGCACAGAGAUUCGGAGGCAGCAACAAGAAAAAGAAGAAGGGCAAGGGCAGCAAGAUUGUGGACAAGCGACAUCAGCGAGAGGACGACCUUUUCGAUGACCCAGCACUAUGGGAGGGCGCAGACAAGAAGAGCUUACAGGCGGACAAGGGGGCGAUCAUGGGAGACUCAGUCGCGGCAGGCGAUCUGGAUAUGGGGGAGCCGAGCAAGGUCAAGGAGGUUCCCAUCACUACGAUGAGUGGGAGCUUCACGGAGUCGGAGAGUGGCUGGAAGGAGACUGCGCGCCAAGGCGCUCGUCUUGAUGAUGAGUUCGCGGGGAGCCCAAUUCUUGGGCGAGAGGAGGCGAGCACAACAAGCGAGCACCACGUUGGGCUGUUGCGACGGGGAUCCGAGGUGGAGGAGCCGGUAGGGGGCUUGCUGAAGGAGCGGGAGGAGGAAGAGGCGAGGCUGGGAAGUCUGUCGCCAGCGGUGAGCGAGUUUCGGCGAUCGCCGGCACGCGCGUUGCCUGCGGUCGAAGAGGUGCCCGAGGCCGAAGACGAGGCGACCAAGCUCAGCUGGCCGACGCCCGAGAUGAAUCGCGACAGCGGCUUCGCGGCGGAGUCGCCCAACCCGACGAGACGGCGGAGCAACCUGUUUGGCGACGAGGAGACGCAGCAGCGGGACAGCGGAGUGCACACGGGAGACUGGGCCGAGGAGGGCAUACCGCGUGCGAUGCCGCGCACGCCAGAGCCAUCACAAGACAAGAAGCCGCGACACUCGCCGUACGGGACCCCGGUGCUGGUUCGAGACGACACGCCGGUGCUUCGGGGGCCGGAGGGAUACGCGGUGGCGACGCCGGAGCCGGAAAAGAGGCUGCGGAGGACGACGCAGAAGAAGAGCUACGGCGAGCUGGGGGGAGGAGAAGAAGCUCGGGGGGGCAGAUGGCACGAGUCGCUGGACGCGGACAAAGACAAAGACAAGGAACGCAGCGUCAGCGACGGCGCGGCCAUGGCCAUGGCGGCAGCGGCGGGGCCUCGGGCCGAACCGCGCCGGUCCGCGUCCAACACCAGCCUCAGCCUCUCGCGCCACAGGACGCCUGAGCCGCUGCACUUGCGGCCUGAGAGCCCAGGCAUCAUCACCCGGGCGACAAGCACCACACCAACCCCCACCCCCCCGCCGCUCCGCCGCAUCGACAAGCGCAUGAGCGGUGACCUGCGGGCGCUCCGACAACAAAGCAGCUCCAGCAACCUUGCUGGCGGCAGCCGCAGCUCCACCCCAGCCACCGCCGCCCAUGCCGCCGCUGCAGCAUUGGGAGCCGCCGCCGUUGGAACCGUCGCUGCUGCUGCUUCCUCAUCAAAGCUUCGCCGGGACCAGUCGUCGCCGUCGCCACCACCGGCCCCCGUCGCCAAUGAGAGCCGUGUCCGCUCCUCCUCCAACAGGGACGGCGACAAGGACAUGGCCGACGUUUUCGACGGCUACGGCGAGGGCCGCAUCGGCUCGCCGCGGUCGCCCACCCGGCCGCACAGCAUGCGCCGCCGCCAGAGCAUGCAGGUUCUCGAGCUCGAGUCCCGCGUCCAGCAGCUCCUCGACGAGAACCGCGCUCUGACCGACGCCCGCGCUCACGCCGAGCAGAACCUCAGCCAGCGCGCCGCCAGCGUCCUCUCGGACCGUGACGCCGAGAUCGAGAAGCUCAAGCAGAACCUGCAGUUCCUCCAAAACGAAGUGACGCGCCUCACCGAGGUCAACGACGGGCUCGCCAGCGCAAACGCCGAGCUCGCCUCCAAGGAUAACGGCGCCCGCUACGCCGACCUCGAGGUCCGCCACGCUACCGUCUCGCGCGAGUUGGACGAGGCCCGCGGUGCCCACACCGGCUUCGACGAGUCCCUCCAGGCCAAGGACGCCGAGAUUGCCGACCUGCGCGCCCAGCUCGAGGCGGCCAAGCAGCAGAUCCGCGACAUGCAGCGAAAGAUACUCGACUCCAAGGCUGCCGAUGCCCACUUCCUCGACAUCAAGGACGAGGACUACUUUGACAACCGCUGCCAGCAACUCUGCUCCCACGUCCAGCAGUGGGUCCUGCGCUUUUCCAAGUUCUCCGACAUGCGCGCCUGUCGUCUCACGAGCGAGAUCAACGACGAGAAGACGAUUGACCGUCUCGACAACGCCGUUCUCGACGGCUCGGAUGUCGACACCUACCUCAAUGACCGCGUCAAGCGUCGCGACAUCUUCAUGUCCAUGACGAUGAACAUGAUUUGGGAGUUUGUCUUUACGCGAUACCUGUUCGGCAUGGAUCGCGAGCAGCGACAGAAGCUCAAGUCGCUCGAGAAGCUCCUCCUAGAUGUCGGCCCUUCUGAGGCCGUCCGGCAGUGGCGUGCCGUCACCCUGACCUUGCUGUCGAGGCGCGAAAACUUCAAGGCUCAGCGGGACCUCGACACCGAGGCCGUCGUUCAGGCUGUCUUCCAGACGCUGUGCAAGAUUCUACCCCCGCCCAGCAAUCUGGAGGACCAGAUCCAGUCGCAACUGCGGCGCGUCAUGCGCGAGGCGGUCGAUCUGUCCGUCGAGAUGCGCACGCAGCGGGCCGAGUACAUGAUGCUGCCGCCCCUGCAGCCCGAGUACGACGCUGACGGCGAGCUGGCCGCCACGGUCCAGUUCGACGCGUCCAUGAUGAACGAGCGGAGCGGCAAGAUGGCCGAGACCAACGAGGAGCUCGAGGCGCGCGGCGCCAUCGUCCGCAUUGUGCUCUUCCCGCUCGUCGUCAAGCGGGGCGACGACGCUGGCGUCGGCGAGGACAAGAUCGUCGUCUGCCCGGCCCAGGUGCUCAUCGCCCGCGACAAGAACAAGCGGCAUCUCACGCCAUCGAGCGACGCAGGCGGCGCCUCCCUCGGGGCACCCAGCCGCGUUAGCGUCGUGACUGAGCACAUGGGCACCGAGGCGGAAUACAUGGAGGGCGGUAUCUAGGCGCACUGAUCGAGGCACACUCGCGGGACACACAUGCACACACACGCACACAACACGGAGGCACACAUAUUCUUGGGCGCACGGCAUACGGGAACAUACAGGCACGGGCCCCGACCCUAGAAAGGGGAGGGGAUUCAGGCAUUGACUCUUCUUCUGGAGGUCAGCGAUGACGCACAUAACUCGGAGCGCGUGUAUACCAUAGGGAUAAGGAGGGGGUUUUGGCACAAAUAGGAGAGUGGGUCUGGCGAGAGGAAAAGCCCCAAUGAUGACGAUGACGAUGAUAUCCGCGAGAGAGAGGGGGGGACUGACUGACUGAGUUACGGUUACGAUGUUUGAUGCUUUGUUUGUGUGUUUUAGUUCUUGGUUUGCUGCAUCAUUGUAUGGACCGCUUCCCCCAAUUUUGUUUUGCUGGGAAGCUACGAUUUAUGGCUCUCAAAUGUGCUUUUUUCUUUCUUCCUGCAACGUUUUGUUUGGUCUAUUUCUGUGUUUGGUUUGUUGUGUCACGGCUGUAUCUUACUGGCUUCUUGAUCAUUCCGAGUCCUGUGGUUUGGGCUGGAGAGACGGGAAAAGAGAAAAGCACAAAUGUUGCGGUGAUUUUACGCACGUAGACAAACUUAGUCGGUGAUUUUAAUCUGACAAUCCGAGCAAGACAUGGAUGUGCGAUG